AUGAUCGCUAUUGUCAUCGAGGGCAACAUCGUCAUGAACAACAUCAGUGAUGUUCCCCAGGCUUUUUGCCUUCUGUUUGCUCUGACGUACGCCUUACAUUUGGACUACCCAAGAUCGAUGCUCAACACGUUCAGUGAUAAUUUUGGUCAUGUGAUGCGGCUUUUGCGUGUGGGAGCUGGGAAUGCGCCUUACCACAGUGAGAAGGCACAGACCAGUGCGGUGCUGUGUUCGGGAGGCUGUGCACUUCUGGCUGUCAGCUCCCUGUUGGCCAUCAUCACCAUCUUUCUGCCCAGCGGAGGCUGCGAGCGCCGGGCCUGCUCUCUGGCCGGAUACAUGCAGAUGGCAGCAGGUCGACUCUUGUCUCUGUAG